GAGCAGGAGGGAGGCAAGAAAGUAGCAGAAAGUGAGGCUGGCAGGCGGCGGCAAAGGAGCCGGCGAGCGGCGGCGGCAGGAAGUCUGUGCCCGAGACAAGCAGAAAUAAGAGCCAGGGAGGUACCGCGGCGGCGGCGGCGGCGAGAGCGAAAGAGGAAACUGCAGAGGAGGAAGCUGCCGCAGCCCCGCGCCGCCAGGCUCCGCGCCCCGCAGCCCCGCGCCCGCGCCGCGCUCCGGCGCCCCCUCCCCAGCGCGCCCCCGGCCGCCCCGGCGCUCGUCGGCCAUGGCCCGGGAGAACGGCGAGAGCAGCUCCUCGUGGAAAAAGCAGGCCGAAGACAUCAAGAAGAUCUUCGAGUUCAAGGAGACCCUCGGAACCGGGGCCUUUUCUGAAGUGGUUUUAGCUGAAGAGAAGGCAACUGGAAAACUCUUUGCGGUGAAGUGUAUCCCCAAGAAGGCGCUGAAGGGCAAAGAAAGCAGCAUAGAGAACGAGAUAGCCGUGCUGAGAAAGAUUAAGCAUGAAAAUAUUGUUGCCCUGGAAGACAUCUAUGAAAGCCCAAAUCACUUGUACUUGGUCAUGCAGCUUGUAUCCGGUGGAGAGCUGUUUGAUCGGAUAGUGGAGAAAGGAUUUUACACAGAAAAAGACGCCAGCACUCUGAUCCGCCAGGUCUUGGAUGCCGUGUACUAUCUCCACAGAAUGGGCAUCGUCCACAGGGACCUCAAGCCCGAAAAUCUAUUGUACUACAGUCAAGACGAGGAAUCCAAAAUAAUGAUCAGUGACUUUGGCUUGUCAAAAAUGGAGGGCAAAGGAGAUGUGAUGUCCACAGCCUGUGGAACCCCCGGCUAUGUCGCUCCUGAAGUCCUGGCCCAGAAACCUUACAGCAAAGCGGUCGACUGCUGGUCCAUCGGGGUGAUUGCCUAUAUCUUGCUCUGUGGCUACCCUCCUUUUUAUGAUGAAAAUGACUCCAAGCUCUUUGAACAGAUCCUCAAGGCAGAAUAUGAGUUUGACUCCCCCUACUGGGACGACAUCUCUGACUCUGCGAAAGACUUCAUUCGGAAUCUGAUGGAGAAAGACCCAAAUAAAAGAUACACGUGUGAGCAGGCAGCUCGGCACCCAUGGAUCGCUGGGGACACAGCCCUCAACAAGAACAUCCACGAAUCUGUCAGCGCCCAGAUCCGGAAGAACUUCGCAAAAAGCAAAUGGAGACAAGCAUUAAAUGCCACAGCUUUCAUGAGACAUAUGAGAAAACUCCAUCUUGGCAGCAGCCUGGACAGUUCGAAUGCAAGUGUUUCGAGCAGCCUCAGUUUGGCCAGCCAAAAAGAUUGUGCGCCUGGCACCUUCCACGCUCUGUAGCUUCAUUUCCUCUUCGUCGGGGGUCUCAGGAGUCGGAGCUGAGCGGAGACCCAGGCCCACCACUGUGACCACAGUGCACACAGGAAGCAAGUGACUGGCUCUGGAGGUGGAGCCCGGGGGCGGGGCCAGGGAAGGGGAGCCCCGGGGUCACCGGCGCCAGGAGCCCCUGCAGCAAGACCCCAUCUUGCAUGGUGCACCUCCUCGCAUAAGACUGGAAGACGGAAGUUUUUUUAUGGCCAUAUUUUAUACUGCAAUUCUGAAGUGUUCAUUUCUCACAAACUGUACUGACUCAAGGGGAGCUGACCCACCAGGAUCUGGUGCUGUACGUACGAUCGGGCAGAGCGCUGACUGAGCAGACCUUCUCAUUCCUCUUCCCCGGCGCCGUCAUUACCACCCUCCUCAGCUUAGGUAACCAUCUAUGGUGUAUUUUUUUCAUUAAUGACAAAAAAAAAUUGGUUUCAACUGGAUUAUUUAAAUAUCGGUAAAUAUUGUGCAUUAGGGUUUUUUUUCUUUUAAGAAGUAUAUCCUUUUGACUGUAUCUCUCAGUUACCUGACUAUAUCUUUUGCUCUUUAAUAGUGAUUUUUGUUAACCCGUAAGAGAUUUUUUUUUUCCUCCAAGGGGAAUUUAAAGGUAUUUUGUAAAAUUCUAACAAGAGGACCGAGAGCCUGUCUCCAAGGCUAAGAGUGCACUUUACCUCCACUCCUUCUACUUUCUCUCCUUCCUUGGGAAGGGGCUCCUUGAGAAGGCAACGUGGCAAGUCUGCAGGGCUGUGAUCUCCCCAGGGUGGGGAUCUAGGGGGAACCUGCAGAAACCACCCCUCCCCCCAGCAGCCCCUCCAACAGACCCCAGCUACCUGGAGCCCAGAGAGGCCUCUGGCCAUCUGCAGUGAGAAAUAAAGAAGCCUGCUCAUCCGAGACCCAAGGCUAAACUUCACAGGCCAAGCUUGCUGUGAGAUCUCCACAAUGCAGAGAUGCAGGAGCCUCCCUGACAAAGAACAAGCUGUCCUUUUGUUGAAAGUGAACCCCCACACAAGCCUCGUUUCUUACGGGAGGUAACAGAUGAAAGCUCUGACCUCAGCUAUGCAGUUUUAAAAUUAAUCUCUCUCUUUCUCUCUCGGUUUUUUAAAAAAUACAUUUCUAACCUUAUGCUUAUAACGGCCUCCGACACACACAAGUUGUUUUUGCACAUUUUUAUCUGAUUCCUAUAUGAUUGUUUUCUGAAGAAAGGGAGGGAGGUAGCCUUGGAAAAGAUCCAUCUUGGUGGUAAGGAUAAGUGGCCCACCAGGCAAGCAGGGCACAGAGAUGUCCUCAGCCAGGUCCAGCUGAUACAUGGAGCCACUCCUCUGAUCAGGGGAGUCUAAAAUCAAAGACCGAUGGCAGUAGGGUCUCCCGCUGCCCCAGUGUGUAUGAGAUUGAAGGAUUUCCCAGAUGUGGGACUUUUUGUUCUAAAACUAGGAUUAUCUUGGGACAGGUGUGCAGGAGAGAGCAACGGCCACAUGUGACCCAGGCAAACCACUUUCUAAGGAGGUGCCAAGUGCCAGCUCUGCAGAGGCCCUCACUCUGCCAUUCAAGUUCAUCCACGGCCCUGAGCCCCCACGGGUGUCCCAGCAGGCCUUCCUGAUGGCCCAGUGACUUCCUGGCUGGUGUUCUCUUGCCCUCCUACUAGAGUCAGCCAGUCAUGGGAGUCUUGUUGGCCAAGCCUGGAGUGUUCAGUGACGCCCCUGUCCUCCCUGACACACCACAUACAAAGACACACUUUAGGCUCGGCCACACAGGUGUGCAUAGGAGCAUCUGGGAGUGCAGGUAGCUGGUUUCCCUGUCCCCCUGCUCAGCUGCUUGGUGUCUGCCACACAGGCACAUGGGGUGAGAAAAUCAAGCCUCCACUCUUUAAAAUCUGUAAAAAGCCUAGAAAUGUCUAUAAAGGGACAACAGAUCCAGUUAAGAAGCAGGUGUCACCUGAGUUAAGUAGGCAUCAGUCCCUCCACAAGGACAGUGAAAUGAACGUUAAACAUAGUAUUUGGGCAAACUGAGGAGCCCCCCAGAGCUUUGCUAGGACACCACUCAAUCGCAGCAUGGGGAAGCACUCAGAGUCGGACAGCAUAAGAAAAGGAGUGAAUAGGAGGUAGGUCGCAGCAGGUGAGAAUUUGCCUGACUGUGGCACCUACAAUGUGCCCAUGAAUAGUUACGAUGAACUCUUGGUGCUGUGUGCCCUAUAGAGCGGUUUCCAUUUAGAAAGCAACAUUUGAAGCCACAUCCCAUUCUUGGUGACUGGAGCAGUUUCUGCAGCUGAAAGUCCGUGCAUGGUACUGCAGUAAGGGGGGAGCACCUCACCUGAGCCGGGCACAGCAGCUGAGAGGUGAACCCCAUGCAAAGGCCCGCGUUGCCACGUGUGGUCUGUGGCAUGUUAGAUCUCAGUGACAUUGUGUGAGGAGAUGGUGGCUGGUUUCAGCCCAGGACCAGACUCUGUGGAAGGUGACAUCAAGAAGGCCAUACUGUCACAAUACCACUAGGCUUAGGUCCUUCCUAUUAGAAAGCCAAGAGCCUUGGCUCUUUAGAGAGAGCCUCGCAGUAAAAGGCAGAGGUUCUCUUCAGCCACACUGGGUACAAAUUGUUUUUUCACAGAAUGGGAAGAGAAGCAGGAGGCGCCUUGUGUGAAGACCUGACAGGUGGGUGGCAAGGCCCCAGGGCCCACCCGGGCACCAGAGUCCACAAGAAUAGCCGAGCACCUCAGAGGGCACCCACGUGACACACCGUCCCUGACCCCAGAUCUCCCAUCUUGUCACUUGUGGAUUUCCUUUUCUCACUUCACUGUUAAGCCUGGAAAUUGUGGCUGGGAAUGGCCUUCCCUUAGCUGCCCGUCUGUCCCUCCCUCGGUUCCCUGAUCUCUGAUACGCAAGGCAAGAGAAGCUGACAUUCAUAGAGAUGAACCCAGUGGCGCUGCACUCGGGCACUGAUGGGCAGAGCUUAGCCCAGGUGGCUCUGGGCCCAGGGUCUGGGGUGCUGUCUGCUCCAACCCCAGGUUCCUGGUGGGUACAUGGGGCGGGACAGGGCAUGGCCAGGGAGGGAGCAUGGAGACAGUGCUGCCCUGGUGGACGAGAUAGCACCUCCAGGCCGCUCGUGCCUCCUGAGUGCCUCCCACCACCCCUGCCCCCAUAGGAGGAGAGAAAAAUCAUCUCCUUUCUAAAGAAUUUAAGGAAUUAUGCAAAAAGCUCAAAAAAGAGAGAAAAGAAGAAAGCAAGCAAGCAGCAUGGCUUAGCGUUCUGGAUCAUGGUCACGAUUCUGGUCACUUCUAAAAUCCCACCUCAAGGCCAGGGAGCAGCCACCCCCACCCUGGCCUAGAAGCCUGACCUUUGAGAGAGCCCCAGUCUGCAGCCAGCUCUUAGCAUGACGUCUAGGGACCCGGCAGUCAGACUAGAGCCAAGGAAGAUGCCCAUGAGCACAUAGACUGAGGUGUGGCUCCCAGAAAACAUCAGCAGUCUCAGUAGAGGAAUUUGGCACAGAGACCCCCCAGCCUCAGUUUAGAGAGAGCCUCGCAGUAAAAAGCAGUAGGCUUGGAUGGGUUGCGAGUGGAAGGGGGUACUCCCUUUAGAACAGAGGCUGAGGCCACCAGGCACAGCAGGAGGGAGCCCAGGUUACCCCUUUUUAAAGUGGGUUGGUCUUUUCUAUGGAAUGGCAGGUUGACCUGACCCACCCACACUCAACAAAUUUUAAACAGAAAGAAAAGACAACAUCAGAGUGGAAGUGGACUUAGUUUUUUAAGGCUUUGGGCACCGUGGCCCCUGAGCCCACCCACAGCUUGGCUAGAAUCCAUUCUCCCCACUGGGGAAGCCACACGCAAAUCUUUGCUCCAGGCUGAAGACAGAGCCGGGGGUACUGCCCCAGCUUCAGCCAGAAGCUCCCUCUCUGGUGUUAUCUGCAUGGGUGAACUGCUGGGGCCCCUUUGGGUGAGAGGAAGGGACGCAGUGGCUGGCACGUGGCAGCUCCUCUCCUUUUUCACAGAAAUAUGACAUACUCUUUCCCAGGUUUGCAGUCACACGAAAGUGACACAGAGGUCCUCUGAGGGAACAGUGCACGAACCCUUUGUAUGUGCUCCCGAAACAGUGCCCCUUCCCCCUCUGUCUACUCAACACUCUGCAAAGUUUGCCUUUUCCUUAAACAUUCCAGACCAAACACUGUUCAGUUUGUUUUUUAAAAGAAACUGUGUAUACCUACAUGUGAUCCACCACUUCCGGGGGUGGGGGCACCAGUCCUAGCUCAGGGCUGCAGGUGUGUCUGACAUUUGCAAAAGGUGGUCCAAUCCCUUCGAUUGUUGGAACUAAAAAUGUGGAGAUAGCAAAGCUGAAUUGGGAAAACAGUUUCCUAAAAAGGGAGGCUUGUUUCCUGAAGAUUCCAAGGAAAUGAGUGUGGAGAUGAGUUACCUUGACAUCCUCAGCUGCGGGUAGCCGGCAGUGCCUACCACCUGGCACUUUGGUGGCCCCAGUGCAUAGCAGACCGCAAUCCGGGUGUGUGCAGGAGCCCAGCCCCGCUGUGAAGUCUGCCCUGCAUGCUGGCCAAGGCCCAGCCACCUCUCGAUGCCUCCACAAUCAGCAGGAAGGAGUCAGCCCUUCCCGGACUCCCCUGCCACCUCCCGCAGGAGCAGCUCAUGGCUCUGGGGGGCUCUGCUUUUGCGAACCCAAAAAGGCUGUGCAUUUGGAAGCCAAACGCUCAGCAUGUGGCUGCCAAGUCUGGUUUUGUGGACAAAGUAAACCAUGGAAUGGCUUCUUGGUGUCUGUGUCCUUCCACACCAAAGGGACAGCUGCUGCACUCACCCUUGGUACUAACGCCGCUUCCGCACCCACCAUUCCGUUUUUAACCUUUGUGUCUCCAGAGAACUUCUCAUAUGGUUAUUAUGUCUUCUGAUGAUUUGCCAUAUUAUUUUACUUACAGGUGAUUUUAUUUUCUUAUGGACAGGAAAAAAAAAUGAAAGGAGUGUUUGAGGCUUUAGUCUUAAAGGUAAGACUUCAUCAGCCCCAAACACUAGUUAAAUUGCUCGUAAAGGAAAAUCUCAGUCUGGUCAGACUAGGAUUCCCAGCUGCUCCUGGAAGCCCCAGGCACUUCCGAGUGCAAGGGCCCUUGGGGUGUCUGUCGGGAACCUGACUGCGAGAGUGUUAAAAGGGAACAGGGACAUCAGCUCGGAUGCUUGUCCUGCAGCCCUGAUGCUGCCACUGUCCUCAGGGGACUUGGCCCCGUCAGUGGCUUGAGGCACUGUCUAACUGGCAACAGAAAUGCUGAGAUUCUGCAGCAGCGUCUCCCUUUGGAAAGACGAGGUGGCACGUUACAGAGAACAUUUGUCCUAGUCCCACGUUCAGGUGAAAAGACAUCAAAGGUACACUCUGUCCAGAAUAAACAUUGGAACAAUUUCUAAAUUGGCUUUAGUCGCUACACAUUAAGUCCCCCAACAGUGAGCAUGUUUUCCAAAAAUUACAAUGUCAAAACCAGGAAUGUCCCCGUGUCUACUAUUACCAGGCUUGCAAUUGGUUCAAUUUUUCCAUAAAAACAUGUUUGUCCAAAAGAAGGGAAACUGUGCAUUUAUUCCGUGCAUGUAAUAAACUCCGCAAGAAGUCUCACCCACAUAGGUUUGCGGCACUGCAGAAUUGUUCAUGGGUCUAUGUAGCAAAUGAUUCUCUGCCUUGACAAUCAUGUAUACAUAUCAAGAUUUCUAUCAUAAUGAUAACGAGAUUGAUGACUUCUUGUUUUCCUCCAAUAAAGACAAUUAAUCACCUUCA